AAUACUUCCGUUGUGUGCCAGUAGUAAUUGGCGGUUUCGUACAGGGUGGACAGUAAACAUUACCACGGUUAUAACUGUAACUCUCUAAUAAUCAUCAAAACAUGUACUCGAGUAUGUCGGAAAUACAGAGCAGUUACAAAAUGUUUAUUUUCAACUUUCAGGUCGGUUUACGUGUCGUGCUGACCGGAAAAUUACUACCAAAGAGACGAAAACGACGCAAAUGUUGAACUAUGGAGAACGAAGUUGGAGAAAAUAACACGGAGUCUAAAGCGACUGAGCUCCGUCUGAAAGUAGAGUCGUUGAAGAAGGAGCUCCACGAGUGCAGAGCCGAGCUAACAAAGUUUCAGAAACAACUGAAGCAGUCCGAAAGACUGCAGAAGACCACAGAGAGCUACAACGAAGACCUGAGGAAACAGGUUGACCAGCUGAGCGCAGAGAUUCAUGAACGGAAGAAGAAAGAUAAAGACAGAGUCGACAGUGUAACUCAGACAGAAGAAUAUGAAUGGACAGAAACUGAUUAUUACAACUACUACUAUGGCGGCUACUCUCAGAACCCAGACGUUUCAGACACUCAGGAAGGCCUGAACACAGUAGCAGCAGUGGAUGUAGCAGAUGGCAGCGAGGCAGCAGAGGUUUCAACACCAAAUGAAGUAGCAGUUGCUGAUGCUGAUGCUGAUGCUAACCCUAAGCCUGAAGGCAGUGUUGCAGUCACAACAGAGGAGAGUGAUGCAGGAUCCAUAGCUGAUAUUUUGAGGGCCACUGCUGAAGAGGCUAUGACACAGACCGGGUUUGUCUUUGAUGAGACUACUGGGUUGUACUAUGACCACAGCACAGGCUUCUACUACGACUCGGCCAGUCAGUUGUAUUAUGAUGCCAACACAGGCAUAUACUACUGCUAUGAUGCAGAGAGUGGACGAUACCAAUUUCAUUCCAAGAUUGAGGUGACUGCUGCACAAACUGCUGCAGAGCCUUGCCGAGACAAGAUCACUGAAAAGAAGAGCAGAAAGUUGAAGAAAGGGUCCAAGAAAACGUCACACCAGGACGAUAAGGUAUUCCAAUUCGAUGAGGUAAAGUUGGAAGAAGAAACGGACUGGGUCGAAAAGCAAACAACCAAGAGGAUCUCAGAAUCACGAAAAUUGAAGCGAAAGUCUCGCAGUCCAGAUGUGCGUAGAAAAGUCUCGUCUAAACACCGAGAGGAGAGGGAAAAAUCUUCGUCAAAGAGGAAGAAGCAGAAAACCGCUUCACAUGAUGAUAUAAAGGGUAGAUCAAAGAAAAAAAGUAAAAAAACCAAAUCAAAAAAACAGAAGAAGAAGAAAAAGAGCCCGGCUCGGAGCGAUGAUUCAGAGGAAGACAGUGAACCAGAAGAGGGUGAGAUCACAGAGUCGGAGAAAGAGGAGUGGGAGUCCACUCCCUCGUUCUCAUCAUCUUCUAGCUCCAGCUCCAAGGAAAGCCCAGAGUCAGAAAUGGAGACUCAGAGCCAUGAAGUCAAAGACAUUUGGCCGCCCUGUGUAAGAGUGACAGUGGUCAGAUCUCCAGUGAUGCAGGUGGGCACUCUGUUCAUCAUCACAGCUGACUCUUCAGCCACCAUUGGCAGAGAGAAAGACAUGGACCAUGCAAUCCGAAUACCAGAAAUGGGAGUCAGCAAGUUCCACGUAGAGGUGUAUUUUGACCAGGAGCAGCAGGGCUACAUGCUGGUGGACCAGGGAAGCCAGAAUGGAACCGUCAUCAAUGGCAACAGGAUCUUGCAGCCCAAAACCAAGUGUGAGCCACACGCACUGAUGCACGGUGAUGAGGUGAAGAUGGGAGAAACUGUGCUCUCCUUCCAUAUCCACUCAGGGACUGACACCUGUGAUGGCUGUGAGCCUGGUCAGGUGAUGGCCCACCUCAGCAAGCACAGGAGAGAGGAGAACACAGGACCUACACUCACUAAAGAGGAUAAAGAAGCACUGAGACAAAAGGAGCUGAAGCAGAUGAAGGCCAAAUAUGGCCUGCAGAGCAGUGAGUAUGAGGAGGCCAAAUCCCUGAAGAACCCCAGAUACCAGGACCGAGCGGAGUCUCGACGACAGACGGUCGGCAGCGAGGGCGUUUUCCAGCGAGACGAUGCACCCGCGUCUGUUCAUCAGGAGAUCAGUGAAGUCAAUAAAGGACGGAAAAUGCUGGAAAAGAUGGGCUGGAAGAAAGGAGAGGGACUGGGUAAAGAGGGAACUGGCAUGAAAAACCCGAUCGAACUGAAAAUCCGAAAGUCCCAGUCAGGUUUGGGGGCUGGUGCCACCAUGUCUGUAGACGGCGCCUCUAUGACCAGAUCAAAGUCCCAGAAGAACUGGGAGAAAGCGCGGGAGAGAUUUGCUGAUUCGUGCCAGCCUGAUGUGCAGUCACCUAAGACACAGAAGAACAAAGCCUGGGUCAAAGGAGAAGAGGCUGAAACUACAAACACACAAGCUGGUGUUGAUACAGACGGACACAGUUAGGAAUAAGUGAGAGAGAAAUCCCGAACGUCGCUGAAGACCCCAGUGACCAAUCUGAACUGGUUUUCUCUGUUUUGAAGAGAACAGAAUAUGACCGCAAUUAUGUCACCCUGAUUUUUCUGUCAGUCCACUGGUUUUCCAAUGCUGUGCAUCAACAGGAUUUGUAAAGUCACUAUCUGUGGUUGUAGAAUGUGUUUUUUUCCUUCUCCUCCAUAAGUGAACUGUGUGAAAUGUUUACAGUUCAUAAAACUCUGUAGAGCAGCAGAGUGCGUGUUUCAAGGUCCAAUGUGUCUGUAGUCCAACCUACAGUAGGGCAGCGCUGCCUCCCAGAACAAAGACGACAUGAAUUGCCUCAAGCAAAUAUUGACACGUAGAAGCUAUAUUUCUCACAAUGAGAUCAUACGAUGGUGACACAACUGGAUCUGUUGAAGACAACCCUGCAAUUGAUCAUGUUAAACCAGUCUCAACGGCUUGGUGCGUUGUAUAUAAAUAUUUGAACAUGAA